AUGAAGUCCACCAUCACAUUCACUUCUGCCCUUUUGGCGACCCUCACCCUCGUCACUGCUGCUCCCCCUCCGGCACCGGGACAGGCACCGGAGACAGUAUCCGUCUCCUACAGCCCCAAAUACGACGUUGGCACAUCUCCCCUGACCGACGUCGCCUGCUCCGAUGGAAUCCAUGGCCUCAUCACGCAAGGCUACACUGAUUUUGCCUCCCUGCCAGGCUUCCCGAACAUCGGCGGUGCCAUUACCAUUCCAGGAUGGAACAGCCCUAACUGCGGCAAAUGCUACGAGCUGCGCUACGUGAAUGGCCGGGUCAACAACACCAUCAACAUCCUCGCGGUCGACUCCGCCACCGGUGGCUUCAACAUCGGACUCCAAGCUAUGAACACCUUGACCAAUGGUCAGGCUGAACAACUGGGACGCAUCAACGUCACUUUUGCUGAAGUGAUGGACAGCGCGUGCCAGCCGCCCGCGGCUGCUAAGACAGAUUGA